AGUAUCAAACUUCCAAGAUCGACGGACGCUUGGAAAAAAUUGUGUACCUGGAAAAAUGUCUAGUGCCGGUUGAAUUUGUGCUCUUAAUUUAAGAGAUUCAGGAACACAACUGAGAUAAAAUAUCGUACAGAAUUAGUUUUAAGAAAAUUUUUUUUAUAAGUGUGAUGAGUUUUUUUAAAGAAAAUUAUGUAGUUGUGAUUUGAAAAAACUACACAAGCGGAAGAUUCAGUAGUACAUUAUUUCACGAAGAUUUUUCAGUGUACAAUUCGCAUUUUAAAAAGAAAAUCAGAGAAAUUACCAUUAAUAUAUUAGUGUACUAAUGUAUCCAAUGAUAAUUAUUUCAUGCAACGAGAAACAAAUAAGUGAAAAAUCGACGUUUCUAGUGAACUAAAAUUGAAAAUAAAAUGUUGUUCGACAGAAGAAAACUGUAUCAAAUGUUGGUAGGUGACAGUUUAAUAUGUGUAUUGGUGUAUUUAUUUGUGUUAAUAGACUGUUGUGGGAUUAUAGAGGGAGCAAGGCAGAGGAGGAUAUCCCAGAAAGAACUAGAGGCUAUGAGUGCGGAGCAGCUAAUAAACUACUAUGGUUACAACGUUGAGAGUCAUAGGUUUGUAACUUAUGACGGUUACGUGUUAACUCUGCACAGGCUGGCUCGACCAAUGGCGAGACCCGUACUAUUACAGCAUGGAGUUAUGGGCUCUACUGAGACAUGGGUUAUGCAGGGGCCCAAACGGGAUUUGCCAUACAUGAUGUACGAGGCAGGAUUUGAUGUGUGGAUUGGCAACGUGCGAGGAAAUCUGUAUGGAAGAAAUCAUGUCAACAUGUCGGUACUGGAUCCAAAGUUUUGGGAAUUCAGCUGGCACGAAAUGGGUCUGUAUGACCUCCCCGGUAUGCUGGACUACAUAAUCCAGUGGACCGGAUACCCCGAUGUGUUGUACGUGGGACAUUCCAUGGGCACAACCAUGGCCUAUGUCAUGGGGUCUAUGAGACCUGAGUACAACAGAAAGAUACGUGUCUCAAUCCAUAUGGCGCCCGUGGCUUAUAUGACGUUGAGGGAGUUCUUCUAUUUGUACUAUGUCAAGUUCCGUACUCAGUUCACGAGAAUGUACACACGCAACGGUAUCUACGAAUUACUGCCCAGAAAUAAAUACCUGAGAAUGAUUCAAGCAGAUCUCUGCAGAGAUGGAUCACCCUUCCAAUGGAUCUGUAUUGACAUGUUCUUCACCCUAACUGGUGCCGACUGGGAACAACUGAAUAGGACAAUGGUGCCGAUGUACUUGAGACAUGCUUCACCUUCAUCCAUUCAAACUUUGGACCACUUUUCUCAGCUUAUAGCCAGGCCUGGAAUGUUCAUGGCCUACGACUACAAGAAUAUAAGGAAGAAUUACGAGAAAUAUGGAAGCUAUGAACCUCCCAGCUAUAACUUGUCUAGGGUAACAGCACCCACGGUUCUAUUCUAUGCCAAAAAUGAUUUCCUGUCCAGACAAGUGGACGUCAACCGAAUAUCAAGAGAACUUCCCAACGUUGUUGGCAAAAAACUGAUCCAGUAUAAAAAGUUCAAUCACAUAGACUACUUGUGGGGAAAAUAUUCUAAAAAACUAGUUUAUGAUGACAUCAUAAAUCUACUCAGGCUCUACUCAUAGCAUAAAUAUGUUGUAUAGUAGAAAUAAAUUGUAAAAACAGUAAAAUACUAGAAAAAAUCAAAGAAGUUACAAAUUUGAUUCAAUGAACUGUUCAAAUAGGCAUAAUAUCAACCGAUCAUACACCAGCUUGAAAUAAAUUUGUAAAAACAGUGAGAUUAUAUUUGUGAGAAGUGCGAGAUGCAACUAAAAAUGGUAUCGUAAAACU